AUGGACGCUCUCGACAACGAUGGGUUUUCCCCACUGAUGCUGGCGUCUAGAAAUGGCCACCGUUCUACAGUCGAGGUUCUUCUGCGGGCUGGUGCCGACACCACCCCACGUGCCACCGAUAGCGGGGACUUUUCACACAUGGCGGCGCUCGAUGUGGCGGCAGCACAAGGACAUGUUGGGGUGGUCAAAGCUUUACUCGGGAACGGCGGAGACGCGAGCGCUGUCGACGACCACGGCUGCACCGCUUUGCACUAUGCCGCUCAACACGAGCGCGGGGCGCCCCGAAACUCGGUCAGAGAAGAGAUUCAACGCGCACUAGCGCUUCUGGCGCGUGCUCCGGCGGACAGGACGUGGAGGUACCGUUGCUGGCUGGUGAUUCUUCGCGCGAGGGCGGGGAGGGAGAGGGAAGCGCGCUCCGGCAGGAGCAGUUCCAGAACCGACUAA